AUGCCACAACAACAGCAGCAACAGAGUGAGGGUCACGAUCAUUUCACCACCUCAGACGACGACAAUGAGAUGAUGAAGGAGAUCCUGGCCACCCAUGCUGAUCAUCACAAUUAUUACAACAAGGUCGACGUCAACCCGCAUCUCCAACUCAUCGAGGAAAUCCUCCGGCACUCCACCACUCUCAAACGCACCAAUAUUCAUGAACCAAAAGUUUCUUCACACAUGAAAAGCUUGGACGAGAAGUUCCAAAAGGUCGACUCCCAAAUUAUGCUUGAAGCAUUGGCUUACAUUAUACACAAGAUCUCCUGCGAGAUAUCGUGCGAGUGCUCUAGGGGUGAGGAUGCGCACUCCACAACGGUGGCACUGUUCACUACCUUAUCAAAAUUCUCCUGGGAUGCGAAGGUGGUGGUGGCCUUGGCCGCCUUUGCCAUCAUCUAUGGGGAGUUCUGGCUGGUGGAGGAACUCUACGCGACUCAUCCAUUGGCCAACUCCGUAGCUCUGCUAAAGCAAUUACCCCACAUAUUUGAACAACAAUCCGAGAAGCUGAUGAGGCCCAGGUUUUCAGUGCUCUGGGGUCCUAUCAAAGGCAUGCUCGACGUGACCAAGUGCAUCGUCCAGUUACACGAGCUGCCACCUCAGUACAUCUCCCCCGACGACGACCAAUCACCCUUGUCAGUGGCCACCGCCCACAUCCCCACUGCUGUUUACUGGACCAUCAGGACCGUCGUCGCCUGCACAUUCCAGAUCAUUGGGUUUAUUGGCUUGGAUCGUCACAAGUAUAUCAUUUCCAUAUAUCUCUCCCUCCCUUCUCUAUUGUCCAUUCCCCUCUGCUAUGACCACUACAAAAUUGCAGAUCUAUUCCAUCGACCACUGAUGAAAAAGAAGAAGAAGAAGAUUGGGAUCUGA